AUGGUGGCCAACGGUCACCCGGACCGCUUCCCCACGCGCCGCGAGCUGCUCGCCGCCGGCCGGCACGACCUCGUGGCGGCGUGCCUGGCGGACGGCGGUUGGCUCAGCGCCGGCUGGGACGUGGGGGACGCGGGGACGGCGGAUGCGGGGACCGGGGAUGGGGUAAAGGGGGAUGCGCAGAAGGGGAAUACAGGGAAGGGGAAUGCGGGAGAAAAUGCAAGUGGAUGGGGGAUAACAGAGGCUAGUGGAAGACGUGGGAAUGGCAGGGAGGGUCAACCGGGUCAACGGGCUGCAAGUCAACUGAGUAGCUCGGGUCAACGGAGUCAACGGCAGGUGGAAACGGUGGAUGACGGAGUGGACUCGGAGUUCACCCCCGCCGCUGCCCCUCCCUUCUCCUCGCGUAAUUCGUUUCCAGAGCCUCUAUCCUGGGCGCUCGAGGCUUCUCACGAGGACGCGUCCUCUUCGUCAGAGGAGGAAGAAGUAUUGUCAGCUGGGGAGGGCUGGUCAGAGGGGGAGGGGGGAAGCAGCAGCGAGUGGGAGGAAUUCUCGUCGUCAUCAGAGGAUGAUUCCGGUUCAGACGAGGGCAGAGGGGCUCUGGGUUAUGCCGCUGCUGGCUCUCCCGUUGACCCUGGUGCAAGCGUGCCAAGCAGUGCGCGUGGGGGGCAGGAGAGGGGGUACGGGGUUCAGGGGAGCAAGCGUGGGGGCGAUGGGAGCAGGCAGCAGGACAGGGUGCGGGGCGGGGAGGAGAGUGGGAGCGAGAGUGAGGGUGUGAGUGAUGGUGAGGGUAGUGGAGGCGAGGAAGGGGAGGGGAGGGGUGGGAGGGAGAAGGGUGCUAGUGACCGGGGGGCAAGCAGGGCGCGGAGGGGGGGUGGGAGGAGGGGGUAUGGGAGUGGUGGAGAGGAGGGGGAGAAGCGGAAGAGGAGGAGGAGAAGGCGGCCGAGUGGGAAGAGGAGGAAAGUGGAGGAGGAGACUCUUCCUCUCGAGUACGUCCCUGCUGCACUGCGGCAGCAGCUGCAGGCGUUCUCAGCGGCAGCGGGGCAGGCAGGCAUCAUGCCGACACAGGAGCAGCUGAGACAAGCGGGGCGGGGGGACCUGGCAGCCGCACUCAGGCAACUGGCGAGGGAGCAGGCGGGGGGAGGGGCAUGGCGGGACGGGGAGGGGCGUGCAAAGGAGGGAGAGGAGGGGGUGCAAUGGUGGCGGAAGGGGGCGGAGGAGACGGCGGUUAUGGGGAUGGGGCCUGGGCUGGAAAUGCAGGGGAUUGAGGGGAUGGGGGGCAUGGGGAGAGUGGGCGGAGGAGGGAGGGGUGAGGCAGUACCAGCAGCAGGGCAGAGAGCAACACAGGGCGCAGGAGGGGGAAAAGGGGGAGGUGGGGAUGCGGUGGGGAGGGGCAUGGGGUGGAGUGCGGUGGCGAGGCUGAUGGGGCUGGGCAGGCGGAGGAGGGGGCGGGCAGCAGGGGGGGCGGAGGGGAAGGGAGGGGGAGCGGAUGAGGGCGAGGGUGGUAGUGAGGGGGGCGGUGUGGCAGGAGCUGUACCGGAGGAGUCAGUGGUUAUGAGCAGUCCUGUUAAGCCGCGGAGGCCAGUUGGUCGCCCUAGAAAGAACCCUCCAGCAAACCAGGGGCGAGCAGAGGAGGCAGGGAGGGGAGCAGUACAGGAGCCUGGUGUGGGGCUAAGCAUUGGAGGAGGGGGCGUUGAGGGGGCCACGGGGAAGGAUGAGGGGGAGAAGGGGAGCAGAGAGGAGGCAGAGGAGGAGGAGAAGAGGAGGAGAGUGGGUGAUGGGGGUGUGGGGGUAGGGAUUGUGUUGGAAGGGAGAGUGGGGGAGGGGAGUGUGGGAGAGGGGAGGGUGGGGGGAGCGAGGGUGAUCGAGGGGAGUGUGGGGAAUUUGGACGGCUUUGAUGCAGCACUGAGUGCCAGCCUGGCGAAUCUGAUGGCGUUCAGAAAGAGGCUGGAGGGGUUGGAGGCUGGUGCUGGCAGCAUAGCUGCUGUUGCAGGGACUGGUGCAGGGACUGGUGCAGGGGCAGGCACAGCUGCAGGGAUUGCUUCAGGGACAGCUGUAGGGACAGCUGCGGGGAGUGGUGCAGCUCAAGAGCCCUCACAGGACCAGAUAACGCCUCCCUCUCCCCAAGCUGAGAUAGCGCCUUCUUCUCCUCAAUCCCAGAUAACACCUCCCCCACCUCUUCCCCAGAUAGCAGUUGGUGCUCAAGACGAGGUGGCACCUUCCCCAGAUGGACCUGGCGUGAGGAAGAGGAGGCGGAGGGUGGGAAGGAAAGGGAGCGAGGGUGAGGUGGGGAGGAGAGGCAGUGCAGGGAUGGGUGCUGAUGGGGCUAAUGCACCCACUGCUGAUUCUUUCACUGGGACUGGCGCUGCUGCUAGUGUGGGUACUGAUGCUCUUGGCGGUGGGUCUGCUGCUGUUGAUCUUCCAGGGGUUGGUACUGAUGAUGAGGAUGCGUCUGCUUCAGCUGCAGCCGUGCUGUCACGGCUUGUGGGUGCGUUCCCCCCAUCCCCAUCCGCUUCCUCCUCAGCUCGCGGCUCCGCCUCUUCUGCUGUAGAGGUGCCAGGAACCACAGCGGGGGCGGCAGCAGAAGAAGACGCAGCACGUGAGGCAACAGCACCACCCCCUCCAGCAGCAGCAGCAGCGGCAGAUGCAGACAAGACAGGGCGUUCACCAACAGACUCGCAACGGCCAUCAGAAAACAGACCACAGAGCAAGGAACCUUCCUCACCUCCAGUGCGCAAGUUCCGGUUACCACCUCCCCCUGCUUCGCCAGUUGAGCCUCCCCCAGCUGCUGCCUUCCUCAGGCGCGACCCGGAUGAGCUGGCAGGCGUGACGGGGCGCAUCCGAUCUCUCGAGCAAUCGCUGGCUGCCACGCGUGCGGCGCUGAGGCAGGGGAGGGAGGCGCUGAGUCGGCGAGAUGCUGAGCUGGAACAGAUGCGCAGUCGCACAAUGGGCGAGCUGCUGCGGCUGACAGACUCACUAGAGUUCCGAGAGAGUGAGAUGCUGCGCACGCGAGCCGAGCUGCGCUCCACACGUGCCGAGGUCUCUGCGCUGGAAGGCAGAUUCGCUGCCGAAUUCAGGGAGACGAGGCGCGUGUUGGAGGAGAAGGAUCAGCAGCUGGGGGAGCUGCAGGUGGCAUACGUGCAGCUGAGGCCCACUCGGGUAGUGUGGCCCAACCCCGGGAAUGAAGUGCUGCUCACCGGUUCCUUCAAUGGAUGGACCAACCGGGUAUGCAUGGGAUGGGUCAACUGGGUAUGGAUGGAUCAACCAGGUAUGCAUGGGAUGGGUCAACCGGGUAUGGAUGGGUCAACCCGGUAUGCAUGGGAUGGGUCAACCAGGUAUGCAUGA